AUGAGUCUCACCUGUGAUCCCCGCGCGCCUCAGACAGUACCUAACCAUGUUCGCGAUGACCUCCCGCCUAAUCUAGAGCUAGUGCAGCUAAAGCUUAAGCAGCAAGAGCUUCGCUUAGAGCUGAAGCGUUUGUAUGGACACGCAUUUGUUCAGGGUUCAAUUGGCACAGAAGCUAGUGAAGAAUAUCGUCAAUUAAAUCGACAGAUUGCUACAGUAACUAAGACGUUUAAGCGAGAGCUCAAGAGGGAGUACCGCCGAGACUACUUCUACCAAAUCCACAACGAAGAACUUAAGAAGAUCAUUAAGAAGGUCAAAGUCGUGACACCGACUUAUGUUGAGCCAGUCGUUAAGCACCAGCUGUCGGAACGGACCUAG